AUGUUUAAAAGAUUUUCUAAAAAGAAAGAAGAUACUUCUGAAUCUGAUGCAAAGAAGAAAGCGAAUUUGAUUAAAAUUGAUAAACCAAUUGAUAUUAUACCAAGUUCAAUUACUAUCCCAGAUGAGAAGAAACUUGAUGAAGAACAAAUUAAGAAAUAUAAUAUUAUUUUAAAAUAUUUUCAAAACCCUGAUUUAAGAAUACCAAAUAGUGAAAAACAAAUUAAAGAAAAUAUUUCAAAUACUGAUGAAAAUUCUGCUCCUUUAACAGAAAUUGAAAAAGCUUGGAUCACUAGAGAAUGUAUUUGUCGUUACUUAAGAGCUACAAAAUGGGUCGUUGACGAUUGUAAAGAUAGAAUCGCUGGUUCAAUUGCUUGGAGAAGAGAAUUUGGUAUUAGUCAUUUUGGUGAAGAAAAUGGUGAUUCUAUAACACCAGAUUCUGUUGCCAUUGAGAAUGAAUCAGGUAAAAAUGUUAUUAUGGGUUACGAAAAUGAUGCAAGACCAAUCUUAUAUUUAAAACCUGGUAGACAAAAUACAAAAACAUCUCAUAGACAAGUACAACAUUUAGUAUUUAUGCUUGAAAGAGUCAUUGAUUUUAUGCCACCAGGACAAGAUUCUUUAGCACUUUUAAUUGAUUUUAAAGAAUAUCCUGAUGUUCCAAAAGUUCAAGGUAAUAGUAAAAUCCCUCCAAUUGGUGUUGGGAAAGAAGUUUUACAUAUUUUACAAACACAUUACCCGGAAAGAUUAGGUAAAGCUUUAUUGACAAAUAUUCCAUGGUUAGCUUGGACCUUCCUUAAAUUGAUACAUCCUUUCAUCGAUCCUUUAACUCGUGAAAAAUUGGUCUUUGAUGAACCUUUCUCAAAAUAUGUCCCGUUAGAUCAAUUAGAUACUCUUUACGGUGGUGAUCUUGAUUUUACUUAUAAACAUGAUGUUUACUGGCCAAGUCUUAACGAUUUAGCUAAACAGAAAAGAGUACAUUAUUUAGAAAGAUUUCAAAAAUUCGGUGGUGUCAUUGGUCUUAGUGAAUUAGAUCUAAGAGGUGAUCAUGAUGAAUUGAUGUUCCCUGUAGAUGCAUAA